AUGUCCCACCACUAUCCCCAGUACCCCGACGCCAUUCACGCUCCCUCUCCCCGCGACGAAGACGUCAAGAUCCCCUUCGACGACUUCUCAGACAGCCACGGCAACCCAAGGACCUUUGCUGUAGAUCCCUCUGCUCUUGCGACCCACGGUCGCCAGCCCUCAUCAUACACUCUUUCGAACCAGUCGCACGAGACGUCGAAAGACUUCAAGAGUGCUGAGGGAUUCGCCCGCCAUCCUGUAGACUGGGAGUACCCUCCAACCCUGCCCAAAGACAAGGCCGCCGUCAGCGUGGAGAAGGAGAGCAAGUGGUCCAAGUACAUCCCCGACUCAUUAGCAUGUCGACUCUACCUUCUCACUGUCCUCGUCGAGACCGCCAUUGACUUGGCGAUCGAAGGCGACAUCAUCCUCCGGUUCCAUGAAGCAGGUUCAGCCAACAGCCAGGACCUCGUGAAGAAGCGAAUGCCGGUCUAUCUCAGCAUCUUCGCCUUCGCUCACGUAUUCCAGUUCGCCAUGGCCCUGGAUGCAGUGUGGGCACGAAACACGCUGCAGUUCAUCAGCCUUGCCAUCUUCAACGCCCUUUUCCUCCUCUACGCCAUCAUCCAGAUAUCCGAAAUCAAUGAGGCAGCUGUCGACGCUGACGGUAUCUCCAACAUUUCCAUCCAAACCCUCGCCAUCAUCAUCCCCGUCGUCAUCUCUGUCGCAGAGGUUGCGUACAUCGCCCUCGGUUGGAAAAUCUACACCGAGUUCGGCUGGAAGGUGUACAAAUUCCUCGGCGCCGACCGCAGGAUAAAGACCAUCUUCACCAACCACCAGAUCUUCCUCUGUCUCGUCAAGUUUGACCUCUUCUUCUGGGUCGGCUUCUCGGUGCAGUUCAUCUUCCUGGUGCUCAGUAGCCACAACCUCGAGUUCUACCUCACAUGCGCCGCACUUCCGCUGUCCAUAAUCGUGCUCGUUGAGGGUCAUCUGGCAGCCCGGCAUGAGAGCAAGCCCAUGAUGCUCGCGUUCAUGGCAGGCUGUGGUGGGGCGAUGCUCUACUUCGUGUACAAGCUCCAGAAGGUCGUUCGUUUCCAUGACACGGAAGCAUACCGAGACGUCUGGAAGACGCUCUCCACAUUCUCCGCCUUCGCGAUUAUUCUGUUGCUCGUCACAAUAAUCUUCGCGGUGCUGGUGAUGAGCAACUUCGGACGAGGGCUCAAAGAGCAGAUCGAGCGCAACAAGCACAAGAAGGGUCUGUCUCGUGCAAACACACAAUACGUGCACCGAGGUCCAAUGGCCACUCACCCAAACCGGAUGAGUAUCAAUUGA